AUGUGGAAAGUACUAUUCGCAAGCGCGGUAUUUUUUAACUUGAGCCAAGCCGCGCCAAUUGACGCCACUGUCGAAAAUUUCGCCAUAGCUGACCACUUCCAAGAAAUAAUUUCGGUAAUACCGAAGGACUUGAUCAAGAACAUUACUUACGAACACCUAAAGACCGACGAAGCAUUUAAAUCAGCUGUGCAAUUCAUGCAAACUGAUGAGUGGAACAACAGAGUGAAAAUAAUAAGAGAAAAACCAGAAUGGAUUGCACUCAAGAAGUACAUGACAGGUUUUGGAAUACACAUAGACAAAUUCAUAAAAUGCGCAGACGGAUUCCUUCAAAACGUCACGGUGAAGCUUGAUCCAAUGCACCCUCCGUCUAAGAAAAGCGUGAGAGCUUUCCUAACUGACAUCGAAAGAAACUUGCCAAUUGCGAAAAUAUUAAGUAUCAUUCAUGAAAAAAUGGUAAAGAAUUCGGAGCUGCAACAGUUGUUUGAGAAAAUGUCGAGCGAUGACACUCGCAAGAUGAUAGAUAAUGUGCUUGCUUUGUCAGAAAUUAGGAGCAUGUUGAAGGAUUUGGCAGAAAUGGACAUGGAUAUAACAGAAAUGCUUUCUUUGAUCUACGCAUUUCUGGGAUGGGGCGAGUUGAAGUUGCAGUAA